UUAUUAAAUCUUUCAAAAAAAACAUUAUUAAAAGUCAGUUUCCAAUACAUUUUAGCAAAUAAUAUACUCUGUAUAUUAUACUUAACCAAAUGCGUAAAUAUAAAACCUCGCCUUCAAUAGAUUUUACUAUUUUACUAUAGUAUAUACAGAUAAACACUAACAGUGACGAUAGUUGGAUGGGUAAAGUAGUAAAAGCAUCCUUACUGGCUCCAGAUCUGGCAUCGCCAACAGUGACCAACUGACUACUACUCUAAUGGUGUCAAAGGUUGGCUCAAACUGCUGGUUUUUGGCACAUCAGUCGCCAUUUUUUUCAAAAACCAAACCCCGUUAUUUUUACAGCAGACCCCAAAUUGUUGGUGCCUCCUGAGUAUUCCAACAGGCAACCAAAAGAUUGACCUUCCAUGGCUGAUGACUGCAAUAACCAGCCCCAUUCCAGAUUGCCCUGCCAAUAUACAGAUUGGAUCCCCGAAGUUCCCCAAGAUUUAGUUGCAGGAAAUCACACAGCCUAUCCUUACAUAUAUGUACAUAUACACAGGUCCUGUGCAAUAAUAAAAUUUGGGCCUUCCUUGCUUACACAGAUAGAAAUAAAACAUAAAUAAAGAUGAUAAUAUUAACAAAUACUGAUAAUUGGUGUUAAAUUACAAGUAUAACUUGUAAUAAAGAUGAAAAGUUAAUUUUUUGAGGGCUAUAACUAACAUCUUAACAAUGAUUAAAAAAAAUAACUUAACAAGUAUAAAGUAUAAACAUAUUUAUACCAAUUUAUUAAUUACAAAUAGUUUAAUUAUUUCAUCAAUUAAUUACAUUAAAUCCUAAAUAACAACCUAAUUUGUUAAUUUUCAUUACUUCAUCAAUUCAUCAUACAUUAAUAGACCUUAACCCUAAAUCCUUCUUCCCGAAUGACCCUAAUAAAUAAUUAAAAUGACAUAUUCACAUAAAGUCAUAAGUUACAUAAAAAUUAAUAAUGAAAAAUUGAAGACAUUAAUAAAUUAUCAAGUUAGAAGUGAAACUUACCUGGAGACUCUUGAGUAGUGCCGUAGUGGAAGAACUGAUUCACAGCCGCACCGCACCGCCCUUCGCUCCUUCGGCCUUCACAGUUCACCUCUGCCCUCUCCCCUUGGCUUCGCGGUUCACGCCUUCGCCCUUCGUUUGUUUUAAUUUUGAUAUGGGAUGGUAAAACAAAUGAUGUGGGGCUAACAAAUGCAGAGCAGUAAACUACUAAUAAUACUAGUACGUAGUACUAAUUUUUUGGGGCCCUCCUAUUUUUUGGACCCUUCAGUUUUUUGGGCCCUGUGCGGUUGGGCUGCCCACACACCCUGGGCCGGCCCUACAUACACAGCGUGUAUCUAUACUCAGAGAGUAACAAUGGUUGUUGGGUACUUGUUCUUUAGAAAUAGAUGAAAACUAUUGGCUACAGCAAGGAGACAACCACCAUUUUAGGAUGCCCAAACUCACCUUUGAUUCCUUUGAAGACAUCAUCUUCUGGAAUGAGCUUUCCAACACUGUUGAUAAACAAAAUUCUCCACGUGCAUGUUCUCGCUCGGGAGAAAGAAUGAUAAUGGGCUUUCUUCAAUGGUAGUUGCCACUCUGUGCUGGUCAUUGAUUUCUCCAUUUUCUAAAAGAAUAACCAACAUUCCCUCUAGAACAGUAUUUGGCCGGUUAAAAUGAGGGCCUGUAGACACUCUACAAGUGGACUCAAUCCCAACUCUAAUUCACUGUAUGAUGCAUUAUUUGGCAAUUCACCGUUUCUCCAGUCCAGACUGAAGAUUGGUUUAAGAUCAGUAAUAUCAUCAGCUUCUCACAGUUAAUCACUUAUCUCAGUUUAUGAGGGGCAAUUAUUGGCUAACAGAACAUCAAAGAACGGGAGCAACCACACUUUGAAUAACUCAUUAGUCAUUACCCAGGUCAAACUCUUCAGGAGUUCAUAUAAACCCUUAACAUCCAAAGCAUCAGACCAGUUCAUAUAAUAAAAAAAUAAUCCACAAGUUAUUGACUCAUAAAAAUUUCCCAGGGUGAUAAUUUCAGCACAUCACAUAAUGAUCAGAUAAACAUUUGGUUAAAGUCGCUUUACCUAAUAAUAGCAGAAUUCAAGUGUUUAGUCUGAGUGAGUGAGUGAACAAUGAACAAAUGAACAAAUAAAUACAUAAAUAAAUAAACAAGUAAAGAAAUAAAGAAAUAAAUCAACAAAUAAACAAACAAAUAAAUAAAUAAAUAAAUAUAUACAUAAAUAAAUAAAUGAAUGAAUGAAUAAUACUACGUCAAUAAAGAGUGAAACAAUAAGAACAAAAAAAAAUAAGUGAGGCUCAGGUUCAUCCUUUCUCAUCAAUCAAUAAUAAAAUAUUAUUAACCUGCUAUGGCUGCAAGAAGAAAUAUCUGCCACGCCAAUAUACAAGCCAAUGCAAUUAAUCAGGAAUUUACAAUGAGAAUCAUCAAGGCCUUGGAUGUAGGAUCUGUUUGCGUCCCGUUAAAUGCUAGGAAACGAUAAUAGGGACGAAAAACGGAAGGAAUACUUGUAAAAAAAGGCUACAGUUUCAAUAAAGUUAGUUUAAGUAUUUGCUGAUUAUCAUUUUAUUUAUGGCUAUUAUAUACUAUAUGCAUCCCACUGUCUUUAAGAUAUGCGUAACUAACAAAUCUAUUAAGGAAUGUAUAAUUAUGGGGUGAAUAUUUAAUUUGAAAAAUACAAAUGAGGUUGAACCACAGAAAUAUUGCCAAAUAGAGCAAGGAUAGGACAAAGAUAGUCAGAUGGGAAUAGUAAAGACGAAAGGCCAUGGUUCCAAACAUCGGUUGCUUGGGAGAAUCACAAUCCAUGAGUUGCCCAACAAUGCCCAAAUCCAUUGUCCCUGAAUAAGUUAGCUAUUUGGAUUUAGUUAAGUAUCAUCACUUAUUACCUUUUCGGACCUGUUUGGCUAAAGAGGUUUGCAAGUUAAGGCUUUGGAGGACAUAGUUUAUAUCUUGAUUAAGAGAAGGUUUCUAAGAACCAUCAAAUGGUCACUGAAAUAUUAUUUUAUCGUUGAUUAUGAUACUACUUCAACUUUAAUAAAAUCUCAAUUAAAUAUCAAGAUAUAUUAUUAGCCCUCCAGAACCAUACAAAAACAACUCCCAAACUUACCCUUAAUAUAUAUACACACACAUACAUACAUUCAUGCAUACAUAUUGCACAUAUUCUCUGAGAGAAUGAGGGUUGUUGGUCAUAUAGCAGAGAGAGUGGCAACCACCCAGAUAGAAACCCCAAACUCAACUCUGGUGCCUCAUUUUUUUCUUAUGAGCUUUCACACAUUGUUGAUGACUCUUAUUAAAAGGUAAUUCUUCAGAGCCAGUUUGGUAAAUGUGACUUUUCGGUUGAGGCUCAAAUUUGUGUCUCAAGCAGGCAAUGAGAAGACAGAGCCGCCAUGGCUGCAAGAACUGGACCAUUCCAGCAGUGCCGGUCCUACCUAAACUCGGGCCUGAGUCGAGCUUCAUAAAAUGGGCCCUAUACAUAGUAUAGAGAAUUUGUUUAUCACAUUGAUUCAUUAAAAUUUAAUGAUUAAAUAUGUCAAAAAAACAAUUCUUAAAUAAAAAUCUUGCAUUAUAACAAAAUGACAUUGAAUGUAUUAAAAAACUAAUAAUUGAGUGGAAUCCUUGACAAUAUAUACUACUAAUUUUUCUACAAAAUACAAAGCAUAUAAUUUGAUUAAUUGUGAAUUGAGAAUUCCAUAAUUGCAAUAUUGAUAAACCUAAAUAAAAAAAACAAACAAAAAUGAACUAGCAUCUAAAAAUUGACAAAUUAAUUCAUUAGGCAUUCAGACAUGACAAAUACUUAUCAUCACAUUAACAUUUCUGAAAAUACAAAAAAAUAACUAAAUAAUUAAAUGACUAAAAGUAACUCGAGAGUAAAGAAGCCAGCAAAUAAAGUGGAAGGAAUACAAAAUACGGAGUAAAAAACAAGCUAUUUAGUGGAGUUACGUUGGUGCUUACGGCUUACUUGGGAGGCUAGGAUUCCUGAAUCCUGAUUUCCUGUGAAGCCAAUAACAGAGAGGGAGAAGCCAGAAGCCAGUCGGAAAAGCUCUCGAUCAUCCUACAGUUGCUUCUCUCCUUCGCAAGCUCACAAAAUGACAAACGGGGUUGGUUUGUUCGGCGUUAUUAGCAAACGGAGGUUUGAGCAGUUGGGUAGACGAGUUAGAAAAUACAUAGGCAAUGUACAAAAAAAUGGGCCCCUAUUUUCCCCAGAAUUUUGGGGCCCUGAGGCUUGUGCCUCUUCAGCCUUACAUAAGGCACGGGCCUGCAUUCCAGAUUACCCUGCCAAGAUACGGGCCGGAUCCUCAAAAUGCCUCAACAACACCAUCCAAGCCUUAGUCCCAAAAGAUAUUGGGGUCGGCUCACAUGAAUCGAUACAUGAUAACACCACGAAAAGGAAAAGAAAGAAAAGAAAGAAAAAAAACUAAUAUAAAAAAGAUAAUAUAAAACGGGAUGAAUAUACUUAAAAAUGAUAAAAUAAAAAGGAUAAAAAUAAUGUUUAUAUAUAUAAGGAUAAAAGAAUAAAAACAUGAAGAAAAAAGAUGAGGGGAAAUAAUAAUAAUACGAGAUCACCCCUCCACAGGAAUACCCGCCCUCCACUUUGCUCUCUCCAAAGCCAUACCCUCAUCCAACCCAAGAAGAAGCACAUCACUUCGGAUUGCCCUAACCCACAUCUGUUUGGUCUUCCUCUCUCUCUCUUCCCUGCCUCUUCUCCACACAUAUCAACACAUCCUCAAAAUGCCCCAAAACAUAGAAACAUGGAAUCAUCACAUCCUCUUAAUAAAUGCAUAUAUCUAUAUAUACACUCCGAGUAACAAGAGUUGGUCUCUUUUUGACCAACAAUGGAUGAAAAUCAUUGGCAAUAGCAGAGGAAGGGCAACCACCAUAUUAGAAUCCACAGACUAAACUUUGAACACAGCCAAUCUUUGCAAUGAGCUUACCAACAUUGUUGAUGGUCGAAUUCUCUAGAUGUCAUUGACUAUGAAAAUAUAAGCCAAAUUACGACAUUAGCAGAAAAAUUAGAGGCUGCUUGAAAAGUUGGAAAAAAACUCCAGCGAAAUAUGAAUUGUUUUAAAAGGGGCCCCAUUUUCUCACGAUAUCUAUCCAAACUAGAUCCCUCCCCCAAAUAUAUGUUUGGUAUGGGAAAUCUAAAUGAUUCUAAAACACAGAGAACUCAUGAGAAAGAAUGAGAAUGGGCUUCUUCUAGGGUAGUUGCCACUCUCUGCAAGGCCUUGAUUUAUCCAUUUUCCAAAAGAAUAACCAACAAUUCUUCUUUUAUACUAGUAUUAUUAGGCCGGUUAAAAUAAGGUUCAGAAAUAUUCUUCAUUUGCACUCAAGUUCAACUUGAAGUCUCUCUACGAUGUACAAUUAGACUAUUCACUCUUCUUUCAUAUCCAAUCAAAGCAUUUCACUUCCUAUAUCACGGUCCAGAGUGAAAAUCUGAGGUUUAGGAUCAGCAGUAUUAACAGCUUAUGGAGGGAGGGGAAUCAUUAGCUAAAAGAACACCAUAGAGAGCGAGCAACAACCCUUAGAAACACAUUUACCUCUAAGAGUUCAGGUACAGCCUCAUUACACCAAUCAAAGGAUGAAUACAAGGAAUUGGUACCCUUGUCCCAUACUCCCAUGGCAUACUUGUUCUAACAGAUAAAAAUGAAAACAUUAAUUUCCGUACAGGCACUAUUUCUCAUUUCAUGGCACAUUGACACCUAAGGGAAAAGUAGCCCUUCUGGUAAAAGUCUUAUUUGGCCAACAGCAGUAGUAGCAUGACACCAAUAAUGGUAGAAAAGUAGAAGUUUUCAUCAAAUUUGUAAAAUAAACAGAUUCAUCCCUAAAACUGUAAAAUUGUAAAACGUUUUAGACUGAAUUGAACAAAAAAAGAUGCUCAUAAUGUCAUGCAUCUCCAACAGGAAUUGGAUGGGAUAAUAGCAGAUCUGAUUAUUAAGAACGAAAUAAACUACAAGCAAAACAAAAUGUAUGCCUAUGAAUAAAACUCAUGAAUUUUACAUGGAAGAAAAAAUAUAUUUUGGAUGGAAUAUUAAGAAAACCCCUUAAGAGGCUCAGAUCUGUUUUCCAACAAAAAAUUGGAAGCCGAUACCGCCAUGGCUGCAACAACAGGGGCCAUUCCCGGGUUGCCCCGCCAAGAUACGGAGCAGGUCUUCCAAAUGCCUCAAAAUGAGUAGCUCAGAAGAAAAGGAAAAACAGAAAACUGUAUCAUCACCGCCUCUUCAAAGUAGUUCUUAGCAAUAUAAUAUGCAUAGUACUCCGUAAUAACAACAGUAGUUUCUUGCUUGCUUGUUUGUUUGCUUAUUGUUGUUAUUGUUGUUGUUGUUAUUAUUAUUAUUAUUACUACUACUACUACUACUACUACCGCUUUCUUCCAUGCGAGGAAGAAAGAUGAAAGGGAUGUUUGAGAUGGGGCAUGGAGGAAUCAUAGGCAGAUGAGAGGAAGGCAACUGCCCUUUCAACAUACUCCCGUCCCUCUCCCCGCCUCAGUCCUUUCUGGGCUACACUUCUGCAAUUCAUUUCAUCCGAUUAAUAUACCGGAGUGGUUUCGUUUUGAUCAAUUUGGGAGUUGUGUCCACCUAUAAUUUAUGUGAGGAAAAACUAUCAAAUAAGUCGUGUACUGCACUAAAAAAGUUAAUUGAACCCUUUGCGACACUGGGAUAAUGAUGAUGAUGACAUACAUACAUUCAUGCAUACAUAUUGCACAUAUUCUCUGAGAGAAUGAGGAUUGUUGGUCAUAUAGCAGAGAGACUAGAGAGUGGAUGGAAUCAUUGGCUACAGUAGAGGGAGUGGCAACCACCCAGAUAGAAACCCCGAACUCAACUCUGGUGCCUCAUUCUUUUCUGAUGAGCUUUCACACAUUGUUGAUGACUCAUAUUAAAAGGUAAUAAUUCUUCAUAACCAGUUUGGUAAGGGUAACUCUUCCGUAGAGGCUCAAAUCUGUGUCUCAAGCAGGCAAUGAGAAGACAGAGCCGCCAUGGCUGCAAGAACUGGUCUAUUCCAGAUUGCCCUGCCAAGAUACGGGAUGGUUCCUCAAAAUACCCCAAAACAUAGAAACAUGGAAUCAUCACAGCCUCUUCAUAUAUACACACACACACCGAGUAAGUAACAAGAGUUGUUGGUCACUUUUUCUUCAGAAUUGGAUGAAUAUCAUUGGCAAUAUCAAAGAAAGGGCAACCUCCAUUUCAGAAUCCAGAGUCCCAGACUUACCUUUGAAGACGGCCAAUCUUUAUGAUUAGUAAAAUAUUCAGAAUCUUCCCUUAAACUGUAAAACGUGUUACCCAGAAUUGAAGAAAAAAAGUAGCACAUACAAUUCCUACAGGAACUAGAUGGGAUCAUAAGCAGAUCUAUUUAUCAAGGACGAAAUAAAAUAUGGACAUAACAAAUCAUGUACAUAAGAAUAAAAGUCCCGAUUUAUACAUGCAAGAAAAAAUCUUUUAUGGGAUGGAACUUUUGAAUACUCCUUAGAGGCUCAGAUCUGAUUUUCCAGAGGAAAUGGGAAGCCAACACCGCCAUGGCUGCAACAACCGGGCCAUUCCCGGGUUGCCCCGCCAAGAUACGGAUCGGGUCCUCCAAAUGCCUCAAAAUUAGUAGCCCAGAAAGAAAGGGAAAAACAGAAAACUAUAUCAUCACAGCCUCUUCAUAGUUCUUAACGAUAUACUCCGUAAUAAUAACAGCUUAAGAUGAAUAUAGCAGGACGAGGUAACGAGCUUAUUUAUUUAUUUAUUUAUUUAUUACUCCGUACUGUUAUGAUUAUUAUUAUUACUUGCGCUUUCUUUCUUGCGAUGAAGAAAGGCGAAAGGGAUGUUUGAGAAGGGGCAUGGAGGAAUCAUAGGCAGAGAGGGAGGCAACCGCCCUUUCAACAUACUCCCGUCCCUCUCACCGCCUCAGUCCUUUCUGAGCUAC